AUGCUGGAAGCCAUGGCGGAGCCCAGUCCCGAAGAUCCACCUCCGACCCUUAAGCCAGAGACUCAGCCACCGGAGAAACGGCGGAGAACAAUUGAGGAUUUCAACAAAUUCUGCAGUUUUGUCUUGGCCUAUGCCGGUUACAUCCCCCCCAGCAAAGAGGAAAGUGACUGGCCAGCUUCGGGCUCCAGCUCUCCAUUGCGAGGUGAGAGUGCGGCCGACAGCGAUGGCUGGGACUCGGCCCCCUCAGACCUCCGAACCAUCCAGACCUUUGUUAAGAAGGCAAAGUCAUCCAAGAGACGGGCCGCCCAAGCAGGUCCCACCCAGCCAGGACCCCCGAGGUCCACUUUCUCUCGUCUGCAGGCACCCGACAGUGCCACCCUGCUUGAGAAGAUGAAGCUCAAGGACUCUCUCUUUGAUCUAGAUGGGCCCAAAAUGGCGUCUCCACUGUCUCCCUCAGCCCUCACACAUGCCUCCCGGCCCUCUGCUGCUCUCACCCCGGUGCCCCUUUCCCAGGGGGACCUUUCCCAGCCUCCUCGAAAGAAGGACCGAAAGAACAGAAAGUUGGGGCCCGGAGCGGGGGCUGGCUUCGGGGUGCUUCGGAGGCCCCGGCCAGCCCCUGCGGAUGGGGAGAAGCGGUCUCGGAUCAAGAAGAGCAAGAAGCGGAAGUUGAAAAAAGCAGAGCGAGGGGAUAGACUCCCACCCCCCGGGCCUCCCCGGGCACCUCCCAGUGAUACAGACUCUGAAGAAGAGGAGGAGGAAGAGGACGAGGAGGAGGAGGAAGAGAUGGCAGCCAUGGGAGGGUGUGACACACCAGCCCCUGUGCUGCCAGCACCCCCUGAGGCUCCUAGGCCCCCUGUCCCCGCGCACCCUGAAGGAGCCCCUCCCACUGACAGUGAAAGCAAGGAGGUAGGCAGCACUGAGACAAGCCAGGACGGAGACGCCAGCUCCAGUGAAGGGGAGAUGCGGGUCAUGGAUGAGGACAUCAUGGUAGAAUCCGGUGAUGACUCGUGGGACCUGAUCACGUGUUACUGCCGAAAGCCCUUUGCCGGGCGGCCCAUGAUUGAGUGCAGCCUCUGUGGAACGUGGAUCCACCUCUCCUGCGCUAAGAUAAAGAAGACGAACGUCCCUGACUUCUUCUACUGCCAGAAGUGCAAGGAACUGCGGCCAGAGGCCCGGCGGUUAGGGGGGCCUCCCAAAUCUGGGGAGCCCUGA